AUGUCUCAGCCAAUUUCGAAGAUGAUUGAUCCCGAGGAAGGCCUCGAGCUGUCCCAGCAGCCAAAUGCCUCCAUGAAUCCUGAGACCCCAAAGAGCGCUAAGGUCAGUGCGAAGAAAAGCAAAGGAAAGAAGGAAAAGGGAAAGCCAGUGCCCCGGCAGGACAGCCCUCAAGCCAUUGACCCCCGCAACUUUACCACUUCUCGACUGGGCCAGGAUGAAUGGUCGUGGACAGAUCUUCCCGACAUACUUUACCAAUUCGAGCCCGAAGACAAGCGAGAUCGUAAAUCGGACCCGCCCCGCAUGAGCUACCCUAUUCAUGGCGAAUAUUUGCGCGAUCUCCCGACACUUCCCGACAACAUUGCUUCGACGGUCGAGGAGUUCCGAGUGGAAGCUUGGAUGCGGCUUGAUAGACGCAUUCGUCUCAGAGAUAUUACUGACCGAAUGCACCCGGUUUUCAGAAUCCAAGACAACGCGCUGCAGCAACGCAGUGUCCGCUUCCGCCAGCAGUUCUCGCUGAUUGCAUGGGACUCCGGUAACAAGCGUAGUCAGCAGCUCAAGCAUGACAUACUUCAAAAGAUGCAGAAUAUCGGGAUUUCCCCCGCUUUAAAUACGACUCGCGGUAUAACUCCCGGCUUGAUCAACCCAGCCCUCGGAGAAGAUGGUGGAAGAAUCCCGCUACCCAAUCAAUACAACAAGGUGAAGCGAGUAGCUCGAGGUAGAAAGCCCUCAAAGACGCCCGUGCAGGAAGAGACUGCCACGGAACACGCCCACCUCAAUAACAUCGUCCAGGAAAAGCAGUCGGUUGGCCUUUCAUAUACCAUUCAGGAAUCGGCGAGCAUUGGAAAGGUAGACCCGUCGAAGGAGACCGCUCAAGAAGGGCCGUCCCUAGUGGUACCCCUUGCCGCGGAGUCCGUUUCGAUCGAUUUCACAGUAGAUAACCUCACAGUCGAAACUGUCACAGAGCUUUUCAACUACGUUCCAUCCUAUAUUCCAUUUGACGAAAGCAACGACAGCUCAGAGGGAUCUCUGCCUGUCAUCACAGGAUGGAUUCCGGAUAACGAACUGCCGGAGACCGUUUGCAUGGCAGAAAUCGACUUGACAGUGAGCAUCAAAGAUUCCAUACCACGACGCAAUACUAAAAAGGCCUUGAAACCCAUCGCGCCAGGAAAAGUCCAGCGUAGACGCCCUUCCCCAUUGAAACUGGCUAGGGGAGGGUUUUGCGGCAACACUUGCCACUUCGGGAAGUAUCCUACACCCAUCUAUACCAACCUCACGCUUGUGUCUGGCCCAACUGGCGCUGGUAUUUGGCACGAAGAACUGCUUCCUCCUUCCCAUGGACUGUAUCCUGAUGUACUGACCCCGUACUCCGCCUCCGAUCUGCCAUUUGAUGUUCGCCACCGAGUCUUUGACAAUCUGUUCGAACAAUGCCUCUCCAGGGACAGAUACCUCUUCGAUAUCCCAGACAUGGCCCCCGAGGACAUAGAGAUGAUGGACAUCGGCGAUAUCAAUGACAUUAAUAUUGACGAUUAUGACGACUAUUUUCAAAAAUAG